ACAGUCUCGCGUGUGUGCGCGUGCGUAACGUUCACAAACAGGUUGUGUCAACACGGAAUUUGGCAGCGUUGUUAUCACCCGUCCUGACCAAACAGGCUCGUCGAGAAAGGUGACAUCAUGCGUUGGCUCAAGCGCAACAGUUCGCAAUUGAUGUCGUCACUCCCUCCGCCUCACGUCACCCGGAUCGAUAAGUUGCUGCCUCCGACGCUAACUUGCAUUCAUCAUGGAGUAGCGUCCAUUCCUCUAACCGGAGCUUCCGAGGGGCCCGAGAGCUGAGCCGAUGUCUGGCCGGUGAAGGUGCACCAGGCACGGGCAAGAGGGGAGGGCGAUGUCCGGGAGGGAGGAUGCAGCAUCCUGCUAGCCGGAGAGAGCACCACUGAUGACUGGCUGUUUUGCUCACGACGAUCCACGGUGGGAGGCAACAUGGCCGGGAAGGUGAAGUGGGUGACAGAUAUUGAGAAGUCAGUGCUCAUCAACAACUUUGAGAAGAGGGAGUGGAUUCAAGUGACGGAAAAUGAUGACUGGAAUUUUUACUGGAUGAGCAUCCAGACCAUCCGGAACGUGUUUAGCGUGGACACGGGCUACCGGUUGACCGACGAGCAGAUGGUCAACCACUUCCCCAACCACUACGAGUUGACCAGGAAGGACCUGAUGAUCAAGAACAUCAAGCGCUACCGCAAGGAGCUGGAGAAGGAAAGUAGCCCGCUGGCCGAGAAGGACGACAACGGGAAGUACGUCCAUCUCGAUUUCGUCCCGGUGACGUUCAUGCUCCCGGCGGAUUAUAAUCUCUUUGUGGAGGAGUUCCGCAAGAACCCGUCCAGCACGUGGAUCAUGAAGCCGUGCGGGAAGGCGCAGGGCAAAGGCAUCUUCCUCAUCAACAAACUGUCCCAGAUCAAAAAGUGGUCGCGGGACAGCCGGACGUCCACGUUCGUGGCGGCCUCUAGUGGCAAGGAGGCCUACGUCAUCUCCCUCUACAUCGACAAUCCGCUUCUGAUCGGUGGGAAAAAGUUUGACCUGCGUCUCUACGUGCUGGUCACCACGUAUCGGCCGCUCAAAUGCUACAUGUACAAGCUGGGUUUCUGUAGGUUCUGCACGGUGAAGUACACGCCGAGCACAAGCGAGCUGGACAACAUGUUUGUGCACCUCACCAAUGUGGCCAUCCAGAAACACGGAGACGACUACAACCACGUCCACGGUGGCAAGUGGACGGUCAACAAUCUGCGUCUGUACCUGGAGAGCACCAGAGGCGAGGAGGUGACCAGUCGCCUCUUUGACCAGAUCCAGUGGAUCGUGGUGCAGUCCUUAAAGGCUGUAGCUCCUGUGAUGAACAAUGACAAACAUUGUUUUGAGUGUUACGGUUAUGACAUCAUCAUCGAUGACAAGCUCAAGCCGUGGCUCAUCGAGGUCAACGCGUCCCCGUCGCUGACGUCCAGCACGGCCAACGACCGCAUCCUCAAGUACAACCUCAUCAACGACACCCUCAACAUCGUCACGCCCAACGGGGAGAUGCCGGACAGCCGCUGGAACCGCAGCCCGCCGAGAGACGCCCUGGGGAACUACGAACUUCUGUACGACGAAGAGCAGGCGCAGGGCGAAAACGACCGGAGCCGAGCCGGUCACUCGCUGGGGUCAAAGGGCGCCAAGGGCAGCUCCGCCGUCCGCCCUGCUGCGGCCACCUGGAAGUGACACACUUUUUAACAUCAUUACACAUCAUGGACUCCAAAACAAAGUAUUCUUUUGUAUGUUUUAUGUUGGAUUGUGCCUCAUUUUACCUACUACUGCUAUUGUGGAAUGUCAUUUUAUUUACCCGCUACCAAUGCAUCUGCUUUACAAAAUAUAACAUUUUAAUUCAA